CUUACAGGAAGAAGUAGGUCCAAAUUGCUUAAAAUUGAAUAAUUAGGACAAAAAUGUACACAAUUAAAAUAUUUCUUUUUAUUGUUCCUCUAGUAAUUUCAUCCAGAAUUGAUACAGACAAUUCAUCAUUUGAUUCUGUAUCUUCAGAGCCAAAAUCAAGAUUUGCUAUGUUAGAUGAUGUCAAAAUUUUAGCCAAUGGCCUCCUUCAGCUGGGACAUGGACUUAAAGAUUUUGUCCAUAAGACUAAGGGACAAAUUAACGACAUAUUUCAGAAACUCAACAUAUUUGAUCAAUCUUUUUAUGACCUAUCACUUCAAACCAACGAAAUCAGAGAAGAGGAAAAGGAACUAAGAAGAACUACAUCCAAACUACGAGUCAGAAAUGAGGAGGUGAAGAAUAUGUCACUUGAACUCAACUCCAAACUUGAAAACCUACUAGAAGAGAAAACUGCACUUCAACAAAAAGUCGGUGCUUUGGAGGAGCAGCUAAUGAAUUUAAUUCAAAGUCAACCUGGGACUCAGGAGCACCCAGAAGUGACGUCACUUAAAAGUUUUGUAGAACAGCAAGAUAACAGCAUCAAAGACCUCCUCCAGACUGUGGAAGAGCAAUAUAAACAAUUAAGUCAACAGCACAGCCAGAUAAAAGAAAUAGAAAACCAGCUCAGAAAGACUGGUAUUCAAGAACCCACAGAAAAUACCCUUUCUUCUAAAUCAAGAGCACCAAGAACUACUCCCCCUCUUCAACCGAAUGAAACAAAAAUUAUAGAACAAGAUGACCUUCCUGCUGACUGCUCUGCCAUUUAUAACAGAGGUGAACAUACAAGUGGCGUGUAUGCCAUUAGAACAAGCAACUCUCAAGUGUUUAAUGUGUACUGUGACACCCAAUCAGGUAGCCCAUGGACAUUAAUUCAACACCGGAAAGAUGGGUCACAAGACUUCAACGAAACAUGGGAGAACUACAAAAACGGUUUCGGAAGAUUUGACGGAGAAUUUUGGCUGGGCCUAGAGAAGAUCUAUGCCAUAGUAAAACAGUCUAACUACAUCUUACGACUUGAGCUCCAAGACUGGAAAGACAGCAAGCACUAUGUCGAUUAUUCCCUGCACCUGGGAAGUCAUGAGACCAACUACACGCUACAUCUGGCCGAGACUGCUGGCAAUGUCCCCGAGGCACUCCCGGAACACAAAGAUCUGAUGUUUUCUACAUGGGAUCACAGAGCAAAGGGGCAGCUCUACUGUCCAGAAAGUGACUCAGGAGGCUGGUGGUGGUAUGACGUAUGCGGAGAAAACAACCUAAACGGUAAAUACAACAAACCCAGAGCCAAAUCCAAGACAGACAGGAGAAGAGGGAUCUACUGGAGGUCUCAGAACGGAAAAUUACACUCUAUCAAAUCAUCCAAAAUGAUGAUUCAGCCCACCGAUUUAGAAAGCUUUGAAUGAAAUAAGACAAAUUAAAAGGCCAAUAAAUUAAAUAUUAAAGUCCUCCCAGAUUACUGUAGUAUAAUAAUCUGGUAUUAAAUCUUUAAUGGAAA